CCACCACAGAACACUGUUUGUACUGUUUAUCCCUGUGCAGUGUCUUCAGUGCAAGUAACAGAGUGUAUAUUUUACUUGAAAACCAUGGGGAUAUUAAAUGUUUUUCUUCAGGCCUUCAGUUCUACCUUCUUGUUGGGGGCUCUGACAGUCCUCCUGCUCAUCUAUUUAAUAUCCUCUGCUAGCUUCAGUACCCAGGAUCCCCCAGGACCCAGACCAAUUCCCUUGUUUGGGAAUUUGCUUCAGAUGAACCUGAAAAGACCCUACAAAACAUUACUGGAGCUGUCCAAGAAAUAUGGAUCAGUCUUCACUGUCUAUUUUGGACCCCAAAAAGUGGUGGUGCUGGCAGGAUACAGGACAGUGAAGGAGGCACUUGUUGACUAUGAUGAAGUGUUUGGAGACAGAGAUCCAUUUCUAAUUGUGCAUGAAAUGAACCAUGGAAAUGGAGUUGUGUGGUCCAACGGUGAUUCAUGGAAGGAAAUGAGACGCUUUGCACUGACCAACCUGAGAGACUUUGGGAUGGGCAAGAGAGCAUGUGAGGACAAAAUUAUCGAAGAAUGUCAAAGACUCCUUGAAGUUUUUAAGAAAUUUAAAGGAGAAGCUUUUGAUACAAACCAAAGAUUAUCCUAUGCAGUCUCUAAUAUAAUCUGCUCCAUGGUCUAUGGAAGCAGAUUUGAAUAUAAUGAUCCAGAGUUUACAUCUCUGGUAGAUCGAAUGAGCAGAGGGGCUAAACUUUUGGGUUCUCCUUCAGUACAGAUGUACAACAUGUGUCCAGCACUCUUCAAGUGGAGUGGUGCCAGGAAGGAACUGCUUGAAUUGUCUGCUACCAGUACCAAACAAAACAGAGCCUUCUUCAGACGUUUACAAGAGACUCUGAACCCACAGAUGUGCAGAGGCUUUGUGGAUGCCUUUCUGGUCCGAAAGCAAACUCUGGAGGAAUCAGGGAUUACCAACAGUCACUUCCAUGAUGAUAACCUUUUGAUGACAGUAAUGAACCUGUUUGCUGCCGGCACUGAGACAACAUCAACUACACUGAGAUGGGCACUUCUGCUUAUGGCCAAGUAUCCAAAGAUUCAGGAUGAAGUCCAGGAGGAGCUGAGCAGGGUCAUAGGAGACCGACAGGUGCAGGUUGCUGACAGGAAAAACCUGCCCUUUACUGAUGCUGUCAUCCAUGAGACACAGAGACUGAGCAGCAUCAUCCCCACUGCACUUCCUCACAAAACCACCCGAGACAUCACCUUUCAGGGUCACUUUAUCAAGAAGGGAACCACAGUUUUUCCUCUCUUGACAUCUGUCCUGCAUGAUCCCAACAAGUGGGAGAGACCACACAGCUUUUAUCCUGCUCACUUCCUGGACAAAGAGAAAAAGUUUGUCAAGCGAGAUGCCUUCAUUCCCUUUUCUGCAGGUCGCAGGGUUUGCCUCGGAGAGAGUCUGGCCAGGAUGGAGCUCUUCCUCUUCUUCACCACCCUCCUUCAGCAUUUCCGUUUCACCCCUGCACCUGGAGUUUCAGAGGAUGAAUUAGAUCUGACUUCAGCUGUGGGUUUUACCCUCAGCCCUUUGCCUCAUAAACUGCGGGCUAUUUCCCGUAUGUAAGGAAAAUGCAUUUGAAUGCUGUACCAGUCUUCUCUGAAUCACGUUAAUAUUUCAAGACAUACAAGCAAUCGUAAUCAAUUUCUAGAAGAAAUUGAUUCUAGAAGAAAUUGAUUAGGUAAUGGCUUCUUUGCAAUUUUUAUAGUUUGCAAAGCCAGAGCUGACCUCUGGGCCAUAGGUUUGACAUCGAUCCUUUAAAUUUAAGUUUUUUGUACAACCCAAUCACAUGAAUCUAAGUGAGCAUUUUCUCCUAGAAAUGGAGUCUCCAAUGAGUUUUUUUGUAAGUUGGUUGAUUGUUUUGCUCAAUAUUUUCACUGUAACAUAAAAAUGUUGCACAAGCACAUGUUAAUCUCUCUCUUGCUCAUGAAGACUUCAUAUUUUCUUCAUUUUCUCCAUAAUAAUGUUGAAAUAUUAAAAUGAAUACACCCCACACUCAUCAUUUCCCUCCUCACUUUUCCUUAUAUAUCAAAAUGGAGUCUUUUUAUGAGUAGCCAAGCCAAAUAGGUGUGGAAUAAUUAUACACUAUUCUACAAUCCAUCAUGUUUAGGUAGUCAGUACUAUAUGGGAGGCAACACCCAUAUAGUACUGUGCAGAAGUCUUGGGCCAGCUUUGAUUUCUGUAUGUUUUGCUUCCAUGA